CCGACAAACAAAUUUAAAAAAACAAAAAUCUUCUUGCAUUUUCACACUCGGAACUGUUUUCACAAAUUGAGCCGAAUUUCGCAGUUUUUGUGGCUAAAGAUCGUCUCGAACGAAUCAUCAAAAAAUGUCCUCCGAGGCGGAACGGGUGGUGAUCGAGGAGCUGGACGAGAUGCAAGUCGACCCGCAGGAGCUAUCUCAGUUCGUCGAAGCCAGUCGUAUUCCGCUGCCCGGUGAACCGGGGGCCUCGAUAAUCAUUCCACCCAGCGGAAGUCGAGCAGGAGCGGGCCGGCGACGGACUCGUACCAGCACCAUGACCUCGACCACUUCGACGUCGGCCCAAUCGGAAUCGGAAACGGACGACGAAAAUCCGCAGCAGAAGGAAAUGUGGAUCAAAAAGUUCGUCGCCGGGGAGAUUAGCUACAGUGAAUAUCAGGUCAGGAUGCAGCAAGGCGGCGAUGUGGUGCUGGAGGAUGAGGAGAUGAUUCCUACAGCGACUCGACGAAGUUCAAGGAAAUCGAUAGGAUUUGAAAAAGAUUACAGCUCAGCCCGUCGAGACGCACUUAAGGGAAAUCUUCAGGGACCAGUUCAUGUUAAAGUUGAAGGAAAAACUUCCAUGCGUCGACAGAAACGGUUUCUUCCUUCAGCCUUGCAGGGACUGAUGGGUCAGGCUAAUCUUUGCUAUGCUCGUGGCGACACGGAAACUGCCAAAAAGCUCUGUCUAGAAAUUAUACGACAAGUUCCUCUGGCCUACGAACCUUUCAUUACGUUAGCUCAAAUCUACGAGACGGAAGAUCCGGAGAAGUACCUUCAGUUCUCGCUGAUUGCGGCUCAUUUGAACCCGGGUGAUGUAGAGCAAUGGGUUCGAAUUGCUGAACUUUCGGAGGAAAAAGGUAACAUUGACCAAGCUUUGACCUGCUACUCGCGUGCCAUCAAAGCUGACCCAAAAAACUUCGAUUACCGAAUGAAAAGGGUACAGCUGCUAGAGAAAAAGGGCGAGGAAAAGCAAGCUUUCAAAUGUUACUACGCGAUGCUCCCUUACAUUCCCAAAGAAAGGGGAGAAUUUUUGGUGGACACGGCUAAACGGUUAGCUAAAAAGUUCCAUGAGGACAACAAUAUUACGGCAGCCAUGGAUGCCAUGGAACGAGCUUACGCUAAAGUCCCGGAACUGUUCAGUGUGGAACAUAUCAAUUUGUUUCUGGAGCUUCUCAUCGGAACUGGUGCUUUUCGGCGGGCUUUGGAUGUUCUGAUGAGUCACACUGAUGUAGAAGUACAUGAAGUUGUCAACGAUCAUGGCACACAACCGACCAGUCGAACCAUCUACACGGUGGUGAUUCCACCGGAUAUGUUUCUGGAUUUUCGUACCAAGCUGGUGGUGGUGUUGAUCCAUCUGAAAUGCGAACACCUGUUCGAUAUGAUCCUGGAGGACGUGCUAAAGCAUAUCAACGUUGAGGAGGCUGGUGAUUGUUAUCUGGACAUUGCCGAGUCGCUUAUGAAGGAAGAGCAGUAUCACUUUGCGCUGCGAAUGUUGCGUCCGCUGAUCAACAGUAAAAACUAUUCGAUGGCAGCCGUUUGGUUGAGGUACGCAGACUGUUUGCGCGCUAUGGGAGACUUCAACGAGGCGAUCGAGGCCUACAAAAAGGUCGUCUCCCUAGCUCAACACAUGGACGCCCGGCUAACUCUUUCGGCGCUACUCAAGCAGCAAGGAAACUACGACGAAGCGCUGCAAGCUCUUGAACAGGACCCGGAAACUGAAGUCCUCGAUGCGGAGCUCCUGUACGAACGUUGUUUGAUGCUGAAGGAAGUUGGCAGGUACGAUGAGUUCCUCGAAUGCGGUUCGAUGUUGUUGACGAGGCAUUGUAUUCCGCUGAAAAGCCGACUAGAGAUGGGCGCCGCCAUUUCGGUCGUUCGUCACAACGAAAUGGUCAAAGCCAUUCAAGACAUCAAAGAUUCCCUCCACGACCCCGGUGACGACAGUUCUCCAGACUUUUCCCGUUCCGAAAAUGAACCCUCCGUUGAAGCGGAGUGGGAAUUGAUGUUGAGUCUCCUCGAGGUAGCCGACUAUAUGAAAAACUACAUCUAUUUCCAGAAACUAGUCACCCAUCUACACACUUCAAAGCGAUUCUGGGCAUAUCGAGCAGAACUACAAAAUUUAGCUCUUUUGGCAUGUCUUUAUAAUCGCGAUCCCAGUUUUGCGUACAACCUAAUCAGGGAACGAAUCAACAAAGAAAAGAGAUUUAACAAUCCACGAAUGUGGAACCUCUUCAAUUUGGUCAUCCUGAUAACCGGAGAUAUCCGAUACAAUCGAUACCUCAUGCGACUGCUUGCUCGAAUUCAAAACUCAGACAUCAACAUCCGCACCAUCCAAGCGAACUACCAUCUGAACGCCGGAACAUACAAGUACGCCCUAAACGAUUACAGCAAAAUCUAUCAGAAAACUGGCAAUCCAAUGAUUGCGAUGCUCGUAGGGGUCACCUUCACCCAAAUUGCUUGCCAAAAAUUCACCGGCAAAAAGCAACUAAUUGCCGCCCAAGCGAUAGCAUUUAUGGAAAAGUAUCGGAAGGGUCGCCCCGAGGAACUGAAACACGAAGUGCACUACAAUAUCGGGCGUAUGUAUCAUCAGCUCGGGUUGCACACCUUGGCAGUCGAGCACUACAAGAUAGCUCUGGAAGCGACCAAUGAGCUGAUCCUGCAGCAUCCGGAACAUUUGGAUUUGCGAGCUGAGAUCGCAUUUAAUUUGGCGUGCAUUUAUCGGAACAACCAAAAUUAUGAAUUGGCACGGAAGUACAUCUAUGAUUAUAUUGAGAUUUAAGACUUGGUUGUUACAGUGUUCUGGUAUAUCACAUUGAUAUGUAUCUAAGUUUUUGCAAAAAAUAUAAAAAACUAUUAACACAGUAUAUACAGAACCAAAUUUGAUAUUUUUGGUGGAAAUUUAAGGACCUCCGGCGCACUCCGUCACAUAAUAAAAAAUCCUCAUUUCCUUGGAACGUUUUUCAUGGCAAUAGGCGAUGGAAGCGGUGCCGAAUUUGGGUGAUGGUCCACUAGUACAAGUGGGAUGCAGCUAAAAUUUCACCCAACUUUUGACAGAUCUUACGCGUUUUUUCAAGGAGAGAAAGAAUAACUUUUCGAUUCCAUCGCCCAUAAAAAAAACUCCCACAAAAUGUACACGCAAAAUGUUGAUGAGAGAAUAAAGAGAUUUAGUAUAUUUAUUACAUUCAGAUUGAAUAUCUUCAAUGUGAUUUUUAAAAGUAAGAUUCCGAUAAAGUGUAAGUCCCAAGUACUUC